AAGUCCCGGCAACGGAAUCCUUUUUAUUUUUUAAGUAUAAUUCAUGUAUUCCAAGUUUUUGUAAGCUUCUUGUUCACACCAAGAUUUUUUAUGUCUCAUAUUUCUAGCUUCUAAUCUUGCUUCGUCACCAUACCCAUGAAUACUUUGAAGAAUUUUGUUUAAUUCAAAGCAAUGCUUCUUAUUCUCGUUGAACUUCAUGAGAAAUGCAUUGGACAUCCGCUUGUUGGCAAACCGGUAUGCCGAAAAAUUGCAACUUUGUUCUCCACAGGAUCCGGCUUCAUUCUCACUUGCUCGGGCGGUCCAUGCCCAUAUGAUUGCCUCCGGUUUCAAGCCUCGUGGACAUUUCCUUAACCGUUUGCUGGAAAUGUACUGUAAAUCGUCGAAUGUUGUGUAUGCACGCCAACUGUUUGAGGAAAUUCCCAACCCAGAUGCUAUAGCAAGGACUACGUUGAUUACGGCUUAUUGUGCUUUGGGGAAUCUGGAACUGGGUCGAGAAAUAUUUAAUGGAACUCCGUUGUAUAUGAGGGAUAGUGUUUUCUAUAAUGCAAUGAUCACUGGUUAUGCGCAUAACGGUGAUGGUCAUUCUGCUCUUGAACUGUUUCGUGCUAUGAGACGAGAUGACUUCCGGCCUGAUGACUUUACAUUUACAAGUGUUCUCAGUGCUUUAGUGCUUUUUGUUGGCAAUGAGCAACAAUGUGGUCAGAUGCAUUGUGCAGUGGUGAAAACUGGAAUGGGGUGUGUUUCUUCUUCAGUGUUGAAUGCUCUUCUGUCUGUUUAUGUCAAGCGUGCAUCAGAAUUAGGGAUACCAUGCUCAGCAAUGGUUUCGGCAAGGAAAUUGUUUGAUGAAAUGCCUAAGAGAGACGAGUUAACAUGGACCACGAUGAUUACUGGGUAUGUGAGGAAUGAUGAUCUGAAUGGAGCACGUGAAGUUUUUGAGGCAAUGGUUGAAAAUCUUGGGGCAGCAUGGAAUGCCAUGAUAUCUGGAUAUGUGCACUGUGGCUGUUUUCAGGAAGCAUUGACAUUGUGCAGAAAAAUGCGUUUUCUUGGAAUUCAGUUCGACGAUAUCACCUAUACGACCAUAAUCAGUGCUUGUGCAAAUGUUGGAUCCUUUCAAAUGGGGAAACAGAUGCAUGCUUACAUUCUUAAAAAUGAGCUGAACCCAAAUCAUAGCUUUUGCCUGUCUGUCAGUAAUGCACUGAUUACUUUGUAUUGUAAAAAUAAUAAAGUUGAUGAGGCACGGAAGAUUUUUUAUGCCAUGCCAGUUAGAAAUAUCAUUACUUGGAAUGCAAUCUUAUCGGGGUAUGUGAAUGCAGGGCGUAUGGAGGAAGCAAAGUCUUUCUUUGAAGAAAUGCCAGUGAAAAACCUUCUUACAUUGACUGUGAUGAUUUCAGGACUCGCACAAAAUGGUUUUGGAGAUGAGGGUUUGAAGUUGUUUAAGCAAAUGAGGUUGGAUGGUUUUGAACCUUGUGAUUUUGCAUUUGCAGGAGCACUUACAGCUUGUUCUGUGCUUGGAGCAUUGGAGAAUGGUCGCCAGCUCCAUGCUCAACUUGUUCACCUGGGCUAUGAGUCAAGCCUUUCUGUUGGCAAUGCAAUGAUCUCAAUGUAUGCAAAAUGUGGAGUGGUUGAGGCUGCAGAGUCAGUGUUCGUCACUAUGCCUUCUGUAGACUUGGUUUCAUGGAAUUCAAUGAUUGCAGCACUGGGACAACAUGGACAUGGCGUAAAAGCAAUCGAACUUUUUGAUCAAAUGUUGAAAGAGGGUGUAUUCCCUGAUAGAAUAACAUUUCUUACCGUUCUUACUGCAUGUAGCCACGCAGGGUUGGUUGAGAAGGGACGCCAUUAUUUUAAUUCAAUGUUGGAAAGUUAUGGGAUCACCCCUUGUGAAGAUCAUUAUGCUCGAAUGGUUGAUUUGUUUUGUCGAGCUGGGAUGUUCUCAUAUGCAAGGAUCGUCAUUGACUCUAUGCCUUCUAAACCUGGUGCGCCAGUUUGGGAGGCUCUUCUUGCCGGUUGCCGGAUUCAUGGGAACAUGGAUUUGGGAAUAGAGGCAGCCGAACAACUUUUUAAGCUAAUGCCGCAAAACGAUGGAACCUAUGUGCUUUUGUCGAACAUUUAUGCUGAUGUGGGUCGGUGGAAUGACGUUGCUAAGGUGCGAAAAUUGAUGAGGGACCAAGCGGUCCGUAAGGAGCCUGCUUGCAGUUGGAUUGAGGUUGAGAACAAGGUUCAUGUGUUCAUGGUCGACGAUGAUGUGCACCCUGAGGUGCUAUCUGUCUACCGUUACUUGGAGCAGCUGGGCCUUGAAAUGAAAAAAUUAGGAUAUAUCCCAGACACUAAAUUUGUGUUGCAUGAUAUGGAAUAUGAACAAAAGGAACAUGCCUUGUCUACUCACAGUGAGAAGCUCGCUGUUGGGUUUGGGAUAAUGAAGCUUCCUCCAGAUGCAACAGUCAGGGUUUUCAAGAACAUCAGGAUCUGUGGGGAUUGCCAUAAUGCAUUCAAGUUCAUGUCUAAAGUGGCGAGGAGGGAGAUAAUAGUGAGGGAUAGAAAGAGGUUUCACCAUUUUAAGAAUGGUGACUGUUCGUGUCGUGAUUACUGGUGAUUCUCCAAAAUGGUCAUAAUACCACCUAAAACACGCAAGGAGAUCAUCUGUGAAAUUGGACACCAAGUCGGUGGAUUUGCAAGGGGAGUUGAAUGAAUUAAAAUGAGAGAUUAAACCCAUGAGCAGCCGUUGCUGGUUGCUGGUUGCUGCAUAUUGAGGUGGUGGGCUUCGGAGAAUCAAUUUAGCACAUUUGAAGUUAUUCAAUGUCACUGCAAACUCACUAGCGCUUCGCUCCCCAUUCUUUGUUUGGUGCACAUCCAGUCCUUCCAUCUAUGUGGAAAGGUAAAGUUUUUACUUCUUCUUCUAUUUGUCUUCUUCUAACAGGGAUCCCUUAGAAAUGGUAUUGACCUAUAAAGGCUCGUUAGUAUUAGGUAAGUUGUUAGAAGAGGUUUGCUAUAAAUAGGUGUGUUAGAAAGAACGAGGAUACUAAUUAUUUAGUUGGGUUAGGAGUUAGAGGUAUCCAUCUUAAAGAGAUCGUGGAUAGGAGUACCUCAAAUUACUUGGUUUAUCUUAUAUGUUUGGAUGCUAUUGCCUUUUCAAUAGAGUAUCAGAAACAAUGGUCAUCUUCGUAAAUCUUUAUUUCUGUUUUUCCUACUAAUUACUUAUAUAGUGUCAUUCUUGGAAAGUUGUGGAAACUAGAAAACAACUCAUCACACCAAGACUAAGUAAGGGUAGGUUUUGAAAAUUGAGCAAAUCCGUAGAAUGGAAUCAUGAAACUGAUUUGUUUACACCAUCGUUCAAGAGUACUGUUUUUAUUCCAAUUCCUAAAUGAAUGCAAUGAGAAGAUUUCAUUUUGAUAUCUUUUCCUGAACAUAUAACCGUUCAACUGGAUGAGGAUCAAAAGGAGUUGUUGAUUGAGAAUCUAUUGGAAGGUUCCACCCGUAAUCACUCCACCAUCGAGUAGGAAUGUUAAAAAAAACCGGUAAUCCAACUAACUUGGAUUAACUAACCCAAACUGUAAAUUGAAGAAAAAAACUAGUUGAGCUGGGUUGUGCAAGUAAGAAGUGGAGUUGACCCGACCCAACCCGAUUAUGUUGAAUAUAUAUAUAUAGCACAUAAAUAUACGUGCUAAUUCGGAUUUGUCUAAAUAAAUUAUUUAUGGAACGAUGAAAAAAACAAAAAAACUUGACAACUAAUCUGGCAGACUUUUUGGGUUGGGUUGACUAAACUUAUUUUUUUUUUUUGCUUGAUGUCCCUAAUCUUAAAUGUUUAAAAUUUCGAAAUGGCGAUGGCGGUGGAGGUGAUGGCGGUGGAGGCUAUGAUAGAAAUGGCGAAUCCACUUCCUUGGUGGAGGCGGUGGCGGAGGCUAUGAUAGAAAUGACUAAAGGUGACAAUAGGGAGAUGAAGAAACCGAGCUAAAGGAAAUGGAGUCAGGCAGAUUUCCUUUAGCUUGAGGAGAGUGAUGUGAGCAGAAACCAUGGAAGAUUGUGGCUUCCAACUAUGAAGUUGAAAAUGGAAUUUGUUAGAGAAGAAGAGAGAAAGGAUUUUGGAAUUGGAGGUUGGGAUUAUGAAUGCUGAUUUGAGAGAAAGUUGGAUGAGUUUGAAGAAAUGGAAGAUUGGGAGUGAAAGAUGUUAUUUUGGUGAAGAAUUGGAAUUGUUUUGUGGUAGAAAAUGGAUUGAAAAGUGGGGAUGACGUUCAAAUUUGGAGUUCUAGAGGAAGUUGAAAUCGUUUGUGUUUUGCCAUUUUAAAAUUGUCUUGUUAACACCAUUGUGAUUUGAAGGUAGGAAGAAACUCGAGUUUAGGUGUAUUCAUUUGGGUUGCCGUGCAAUUCUCCCAAUUUAUUUUUAUUAUUUAUUAGCUUAGUUUUGUUCAUUGUUUUGAUUUUAGUUUUUGAGCUAUGUUUGGUUAGUCAAGUUUCUUAUUCAUCAUUUUCAUUUGGGUGUUUUAUAUAAACUAUUCAAUUCUUUGUUAACUAAAUGAAUGAGUGAUAAUUUUUUGGAGGA